AUGAAGUACGUUCUGGUGUCUGGCGGUACAAUCUCUGGAAUCGGGAAGGGUGUCAUUGCGUCUUCAACAGGUCUUCUACUCAAGUCAAUAGGGCUGAAAGUAUCAUCGAUCAAAAUUGACCCUUACUUAAACCUUGACGCAGGGUUAAUGUCGCCUAUGGAGCACGGCGAGGUCUUCGUCCUUGAUGACGGCGGCGAAGUCGAUUUGGAUCUAGGAAACUACGAAAGGGACCUUGAUAUGACUUUGACCCGGGAAAAUAACUUGACCACUGGCAAGAUCUACCAGCAUGUCAUUUCGCGUGAAAGGAAAGGUGAAUAUCUCGGCAAGACUGUCCAAAUGGUACCCCACGUCACUACCGCGAUUGUCGAAUGGAUCGAGAGAGUCGCUCGAAUCCCCGUUGACGACACGAAUGAGUCAUCUGAUAUUUGCGUGAUCGAGCUCGGCGGCACUGUUGGUGACAUAGAAAGUGCACCUUUCAUCGAGGCGAUGAGACAACUUAGGAGGAGAGCAGGCAGAGGAAACUUCCUACAGAUUCAUGUGACACCAAUACUUGUCGUCAAAGGAGAGUUGAAGACCAAACCGACCCAGACUGCAAUCAAAGACGCACGAAUGCAGGGGCUGGCCCCUGAUCUUAUCGCCUGCCGGUGCCCUAUCGCUCUGGACGAGCAUGCGAGUAACAAGGUAGCCCUCUACGGAGACGUGGAUCGCGACCAAGUGUUGUCUGUCAUCGACGUUCCUUCUCUGUACCAUGUUCCAUUGUCGCUGCAUUCACAGAAUAUGUUGGGCCACCUUCGAGGACUGCUGGGUCUUGAUUCUAUUGAGAUGGACCAAAAACUUGUUUCGCGCGGAGCGAAAAAUUGGAAGGCGUGGAGAUCGUUGACCCUGGAACAAGAUCGUAUUCAUGAGUCUGUGACGAUUGCGUUACUAGGUAAAUACACAGAACAUCCGGAUGCGUACCAUAGCGUGGAGAAGGCUCUAGAACACGCUGCAAUGGCUUGUUCACGCAAAUUGGACCUGAAAAAAGUGUCAUCCGAAUUUUUAGAAGCAUCGUGCAAGGAAAAUGCCCCCGCUGAGUAUCAUAAAGCGUGGCAUUCAUUGCACACCGCUAACGGCGUCAUUGUUCCUGGCGGCUUUGGUGAAAGAGGCACGUCAGGUAUGAUUGAUGCAAUCAAGAUGUGCAGGGAAAACGGAAUCCCCUUUUUGGGGAUUUGCUUAGGAAUGCAGCUCGCAGUCAUCGAGUAUGCCCGCAAUGUUGGGAAUAUUCCGAGUGCCAGCUCAGCGGAGUUCGACGAGGGAGUCGAAGAUCCCAUCGUCAUCUACAUGCCGGAAGUCGACAGAACGACAAUGGGUGCAACUAUGAGGCUAGGUCUCCGACCCACGUAUUUUCAACCUGACAGUGAGUUCUCGCAGCUACGAAAGCUUUACGAAGGUAAAGCAAAAGACAUCGUAAAAUUGAACCAAACCAAUAAAGGGAGCAUUGCAAAUGGUACAGCUCAUGUAGAAGCCACAGGCAAAGGGGCGAUUGUUGAAAAGCCAGUCGAGUCUGAACUUAACCCUCUCGUGGUUAAUGAACGACAUCGUCAUCGUUACGAAGUGAACCCAAAGUACGUUACUCGCUUAUCUCAAGCGGGGCUGCCAUUUAUUGGCAAGGAUGAGAGCGGCGAACGGAUGGAGAUCAUUGAACUACGGAACCAUAAAUGGGAGGCGGUCGAGCUCGAUGACCCUGAUUGA